AAAAAGACGUUUCAGCAGCCGAUGUUGACAAUUUUGAUCGGCACACAGCUCAAAUUCUGUUUAUAUUAUUUUCUAAUAUAAACAAGAUUUUCAAAAUGUAGUGAAAGUGAUUUGAGUUAAGGGCCGAAAUAAUAGGGAAGAAUUAUUUGUCGGGGUUUCUUCUAUCGAUGACUACAGGAUGCUAACCAAACAUGUCUCCUACGAUUCUUCUGUUGCUUAAACAUAUUGUCUUAUUGAUCGUCUGCAUUGCCGGUGACAAGCUAUCUGUUGCAAUUCAGAAACCUCACAUUCUGAAAGCAGUAAUUGAUAAUGUAACUCACGCUUGGAUCGGUUUAAUGGUAACCGAAAUCGUCGUACGCAACUUCCAAGACCAGAUUGGACGAAAUGAGAAGUAUGCGUUGAUAGCUACCGGCUGCGUUAUUUCAUCUUUAAUUGACCUAGACCAUUUCAUCGAAGCAAAAUCAUUGAGUUUGCAUGAUGCUACCAAUCUGACUGAGCGACCAUUCCUGCAUAAUUCAUCAAUAUUCCUAAUACUGUUGAUAUCAAUGAUUGGUGCCAUAGCCAGUAAAGUUCAAUAUAGUAUGUCAUUAUGGUUGACUGUAAAUUUUAUAGCAUUUUUCACCCAUCAACUUCGAGAUGCCAUUCGCAGAGGAUUCUGGUUUCGAGCCCCAUACCUCAACUACAGCACGGCUCCGGUGAUCUACUGGGUAUAUCUGGCACUCACGCAGCUCUGUCCACAUGCAACAAUUCAGCUGCUCAGUAUGCAAAAGGGACGGACUACUGACGAUUAUUCUGUGAAAUAUAAAUAUCUUGAGGUUGUUUAGAUAUAA